AUGACACUUCGCAUUCUCCUGCAAGUGAUGCUGGUCAACUCAGCACUUGGAUCCUACUGCCUGGAAGGUUUCACCUCGCCAGACUGCAACAAUUUGGAGGGGAUUCUUAGCAAACAGUUCGUCAAUUACUCGCGCUACGAGCGUCCGAAAUACCCACGUAACUGUUCCGGCCAUGGCGACAACGACACCUGCAAUGACGCUGUCUUUGUUGAGGUCAAUUUCUUCAUCAACGCCUUCAGCUCCAUCAGCAUCGUCGACAUGGACUAUCAGAUAGACUUGUUGCUGCGUCAGCGUUGGUACGAUCCGCGUCUCAAUGUUUCCGACAGGUAUAGUUACACCGACGCACCGAUCCACCUCUACAUGCGCGAUAUCUGGUUACCUGACCUCUUUUUCCGCAAUGCUAAAUCAGGCAAUGCACAGUCCAACGCCUCACCCAACACGCUCGCAUGGGUGAGCUCUAGUGGCAUGAUCACGUACAGUCAAAAGAUCAGCGUGUGUCUUUACUGCCACAUGCAGCUGUGGGAUUUCCCAAUGGACACGCAAUUUUGCUCCGCCAACAUCGGUAGCUAUGGUUACUCGACCAAGGACAUGGAAUUUCGUUGGUGGAAUCAAGACGGCUACGAUAUUGACGGGAGGAAGCGCAACGGAUCCGUCCUUAACACCGCGGUCACCUUCGGAGGCGAUCUCAGGCUGAAUGAAUUCGAUAUUUUAGCGCACAACUGCUCCUACUGCUACAAGGCGUACAACGCCACCGGCAACUUCACGUGCCUGAAUGUGGAGUUCAAGUUGGGCCGGAAGUUCGGCUUCUACAUGAUCUACGCCUACUUGCCGUCGUUGCUGGUGGUGCUCAUAGCGUGGAUGUCGUUCCUGAUCGACUGCGACGCGACCGCCGCGCGUACGUCGCUCGGACUUCUCACUGUGAUAUCGCUUAUUACUCAGAGCGCUGCAGUGCUGGCGCAGCUUCCACGGGUGUCCUACAUCAAGGCCAUCGACAUCUGGUUCUUCGUGUGCUUCUCGUUCGUGGUCAGCGCCCUGCUGGAAUUCGCGUUCGUCAACACAGCGGCCAGACAAGAGGCGAGAAAUCGCGGUUGGGUGCUGGGUGACACCUCGAUUGACGACCUCGCCACGCCAACGUCUGGAAACGAGAGCUCACAGUCGCCACGGCGACGUAGUCGUGCGCGCAAGAAGGUUUCGGUGCGUCUGACGAAAACCCUCCCCAUUUACUGUCUCACGGCGCGCCGUCUCGACCGACUGUUUGCCAUCUUCUAUCCUGUCUGCUUUGGCGUCUUCAACGUCAUCUAUUGGUCAAUCUACCUGGGCAAUGGAUCGAUUCCGGACGAUCGAUUUCGUCGAUAA